GAGCCGACCUGGUGGUGCACUGUGCGGGGCCCUUCCAGCGAGAACCGAACAGCACCGUUCUGGAGGCAGCCAUCCGCACCAAGUCGCCCUACGUGGACGUGAGAGACGGCGUGGCGUUCGCUGUGAAAGCACGGGAGAGAGGAUUCAACGUGCCUCCCUUCCCGCCCUCUCCCCACUCUCCCAAUUACCCCCCCUCGCCUCCUCAGACGCCCUACGUGGACGUGUGUGACGACGUGGCGUUCGCUGGGAACGCGCGCUCGCUUCACGGUGCUGCAGUGGCGGCGGGUGUGCCGGCCAUCACCACCGCCGGCAUCUACCCGGGCGUCAGCAACUGUCCAUUUGGAGGAUGGGGAAGGGGGGGAAGGUUGGGCGCCAGGUGGGAUCAGGAGCAACGUGCCAUGCUGUGCUCUCCUGUGCUCAUCCUGGUGGCAGUGGUGGCAGCAGAGCUGGUGCGGCUAGCAGGGGAGGAGGGGGCGCGCAUGGAGGAGCAACAAGGCCAGCAGCAGGCCGCCCUUGGCCUUCGACCAAAGAGCCUGCGGUGCCACCACUCCAUCACUCACUCACUCACACGCUCAUUCACUCACACACUCACUCACCUGCACCCACCAAGUUCCAACUUUGUCAUGUCGUGUCGUUCCUCCGCGCUUGUCUCCUCUCCUGCACCGUCGCAAUCCCUCCACCCACUCCCCUCCCCCAUGCACGCCCCUUCUCUUCCCAUCCGGCCAACACCAAACCUCACCCCUUCUGCUUUCCACCUAUCCUUUCUCCCCAUCCUCCUCCUUCCUCUCCCUUCCCCCAGCUUCUCGUAUUUCACGGUGGGCACGGGAGGGGCGGGUCCCACCAUCCUGACCACCAGCCUGCUGCUGCUGCUGCUGCAGCGCAUGGUGGGUGCCUUGGAGCCUCUGGCCGUGCUGCAGGACCGCAGCGCAGUGCAGCGCAUUGUGGGCGCCUUGGAGCCUCUGGUGCGCGCCACUGAUGGCAGCGCGGGGGAGAGGGUCGCCAUGCGGGUCGACUUGGAAACCGAGAAUGGUCGCUCCACAACGGCUCGUAUCUCUCACCGCCGCUUAUCAGUGAGUGUGGGCGUAGCUACAGCAGCGUUUGCUGCCGCCCUGCUGGAAGGCACCUCCAUGCCGGGCGUGCACUACCCAGAACAGAGCAAACAGGCUGCGGCCAUCCCAGUGGCGCAGCGAGAGAAGCUAUAG